AAGAGGAAAGAGGGCAGGAGCCCCGGCGCAGGCGCAGCAAGAGGGAUGGGUGAGUCCCACGCAGCCGUAACAAGAGGAAAGAGGGCAGGAGCCCCGGCGCAGGCGCAGCAAGAGGGAUGGGUGAGUCCCACGCAGCCGUAACAAGAGGAAAGAGGGCAGGAGCCCCGGCGCAGGCGCAGCAAGAGGGAUGGGUGAGUCCCACGCAGCCGUAACUAGAGGAAAGAGGGCAGGAGCCCCGGCGCAGGCGCAGCAAGAGGGAUGGGUGAGUCCCACGCAGCCGUAACAAGAGGAAAGAGGGCAGGAGCCCCGGCGCAGGCGCAGCAAGAGGGAUGGGUGAGUCCCACGCAGCCGUAACAAGAGGAAAGAGGGCAGGAGCCCCGGCGCAGGCGCAGCAAGAGGGAUGGGUGAGUCCCACGCAGCCGUAACUAGAGGAAAGAGGGCAGGAGCGCCGGCGCAGGCGCAGCAGCAGUACUUUCUCCGCAGGUAUGGAGAAACCAGCUGUGCGUUUGCGGAAAGUGGCUGUCUACCUGAAGACAUUGGUUUUCGUGCUCUUGGUUUGCUUUUGUGUGUUCGUCGCCAAAAUCUUGGCCUGCCUCUUUCCCGAGGCGAUGAAGAGGUUCAUGCUGAAAAUCGGAUUGAAAACCACCAUGACACAAAACCCCAAGUUUAAAUAUGAAGACUGGGGGCCAACAUUCUUCAGCUUUCGCGCUGCCAAGGUCGUAGUUCAUCAUCUACUCGUGAAUUGUGGUGAUGAAGCUUUCACAGGUUAUCCCGCUCCCAAUACGCGGGUCAUCGAUUUGGAGAAUAAAGAACAUAAACUACUCGAUUUUGCCAAAGACGACAGACCACUGAUCUUGAACUUUGGAAGCUGCUCCUGACCCCCAUUUCUUUUCAAGUUUGCUGAGUUCAAGCAGCUUGUUGAAGAUUUUACAUCUGUAGCUGAUUUCCUGGUUGUCUACAUUCAGGAGGCUCAUGCCACAGAUGGCUGGGCUUUCAAAAACAAUGUGGAUAUCAAACAACAUCAGACAUUAAGUGAGCGAUUGGAUGCAGCAAGGAUAUUGCUAAAUGAGAAGGCACAAUGUCCAGUGGUAGUGGACACUAUGGAUAAUGCGACUAGUGCCAAAUAUGCAGCUAUGCCAGAAAGACUGUAUGUGGUGCUCAAUGGCAAAAUCAUUUACAAGAGAAGAAAAUCUGCCAUCCUUACCUGAUCUGGUCUACAUGUGACUCCAGACUCUCAGCCAUAUGGUUGACUCUGAACUGCUCUAUGGAUAAUUAGAAACUGAUACAGUAUUUAAUACAGUAAUGAAUGGUGACACCCUCAUCCUAUGAAUGGAAAAACUUGUAAUGGGACUGAUUAAUGUUAUGUCAUAUUGCUGUUCCUGAAGGCAAGUAUUUGGUUCACUUUCUGAUUUAUCCUGAUCCAUUUUCUUUGUUCUCCCUUUUUGUCAGCGGUGGUUUACCAAUGCCUUCCAUUCCUGUGCAGGGUAAGAAAGCAGGUCCCGAAUCUAACUCUGGCAGAAUGGCAUUUAAACCCCUGCUGUUGUUGUAUUCUGAAACACAUGCUAGCCAUCAAGCUAACCUGUCCAAACAUAAUGACUAACUGAAUUUAUUGAUAAUUUAUAUCAUUAGUUGUGUUUUGAUCAUUUUUAAUUAAUUAUGAAAGGUAACACACAAACUUAAAGGAACAAGAAAAAAUACUGUAUUUUGUUUAGUGUUUUACAUUCCUGACUGAAUGGAGCAGAAUAAUUGCAAUCGUACAAUUUCAUAAAUGAGAAAGCUAGAAUAAGAACAGAUGUUUGUUCUGGAGAAAGGGAGUAGAGUUUGUCAAAUCUGUUGGGUCACAAAUGAAGUUAAUGUAUCAUUGGGCUUUGGCAGAGAGGGAUGAAGUAUGUUAAUUGAUCCAUCUAACUAAUUAUUUUCAUUUUUGGUUUUUCAGGGUGCAAGGGGUCCUGAGGGAUAUAGACUUGAAGAAGUACGAUUACUUUUACAAAAUGUAAAUUAAAAUACUGGUGGAAUCACUACUGGCAGGAAGCCUUGAGAUAGCUUUCAUUGGCACACUCAGGUGCAAAUGAAUGAUAUAAUACAAGCAAAUCAAAUAAGGUUUCUUCCAUAUUUAGUGAUUUUCUUGGUUUUAAAGCGGUUACUGGGAUCUGAUGAUAUGACUAUGGAAGAAAAAUUAUUCGGUGUGUGAGGUAUUGUAUCAUGAUUCUCGUAAUUAAGUUAUUGAUAAAGUGCUCUGUUUACUAUCCCGUGUUUCCUUUCAUUCAUUCAUAAAAUUGUUUUUUUUUUGUAGUACAUUUUAUGCUUACAGAUAAACUAAAUCAAACAUCCCUUCGUAGGCUGCCAACCUAUUACUGUUUCUUUACACCUUUCCAUUCUUAUCGGCCCCAUUCUGCAAGACCUGUUUCUGUAUCAAAGGCUACCCGUAAAUAAGUGUUAAUACCGUAUCCAACUUAGAACAACACCAUCCCCAAUAUUGUCUCUAAUUCAGUCGAAACUAUGAAAAGAUUAUAAUAUUAAUUAGCCCUCAAUAACAGUCUCUCAGGACCUGAAUAGACUGCAGGACGUAAAACAGUUUCCUUCACCAGCAUGUCCCUACGGUCUAAGAUAAUGAAAUGUGAGGCUGGAUGAACACA